GCCAAAUCUCUGGUGGGGCCUAUUUCUUAGGAAGUCAAACAAAACGCACCGUCGCUGCGGAUCACUUACCUUCCUCUUUUACGCCUUAAUGAAACAACAUUGAACAGAGCAAGAGAAACAAAGGCAAAGGAAUCUCAAACUCUCUGAGAAAAAAUCCAGCUCCGUGUGAUCCACAAGUGAACAUUUUUUGUUUUGCAGUUUAUGGGCGUUAACUUCAAUAAGCCUCUUUGAGUUUGAGGAUGAAACUCUAGAAAUAAUUCUUUUUGCUUCCACGCGAAAAACAAAACAACGAAAAUGAAGCGUUUUGUCUACAUUAACGAUGAUGAAGCUUCAAAGGAGCUUUGUUGUGAUAACCGUAUAUCUAACAGAAAGUAUACAUUGUGGAAUUUUCUUCCGAAGAACUUGUGGGAGCAAUUCAGCCGGUUCAUGAACCAGUAUUUUUUGUUGAUUGCAUGCCUUCAGCUAUGGUCACUUAUCACUCCUGUGAAUCCUGCAAGCACUUGGGGUCCUUUGAUAUUCAUAUUUGCGGUCUCUGCUUCAAAGGAAGCUUGGGAUGAUUACCACAGGUACCUCUCAGAUAAGAAAGCGAAUGAGAAAGAAGUUUGGAUCGUGAAAGAAGGGAACAAGAAGCAUAUCCAAGCACAGGACAUACAGGUUGGCAAUAUUGUCUGGUUGCGUGAGAAUGAUGAAGUUCCUUGUGAUCUAGUUUUGCUUGGUACCUCAGAUCCACAAGGUGUUUGCUAUGUAGAGACUGCUGCUUUAGACGGUGAAACUGAUCUCAAAACAAGAGUCAUACCCUCAGCAUGCGUGGGAAUUGAUUUAGAAUUAUUACACAAAAUGAAAGGUGUGAUUGAAUGUCCUAUUCCAGAUAAGGAUAUUCGAAGAUUUGAUGCAAACAUGCGCUUAUUUCCGCCGUUUAUUGACAAUGACGUCUGUUCUUUAACCAUAAAAAACACUCUUCUUCAGUCCUGUUACUUGAGAAAUACAGAGUGGGCUUGUGGAGUAUCUGUCUAUACAGGCAACGAAACUAAGCUUGGUAUGAGUAGGGGUAUAGCGGAGCCGAAACUUACUGCUAUGGAUGCAAUGAUUGAUAAAUUGACUGGAGCAAUAUUCGUUUUCCAAAUUGUCGUUGUUAUGGUUCUCGGUGUUGCUGGAAAUGUUUGGAAAGAUACAGAAGCAAGGAAGCAAUGGUAUGUGCAAUAUCCAGAGGAAGCCCCGUGGUAUGAGCUGCUUGUAAUCCCUUUGCGGUUUGAGCUUCUGUGUUCCAUCAUGAUACCCAUCUCCAUAAAGGUGUCUCUAGAUUUGGUUAAGGGUCUUUACGCAAAAUUUAUAGAAUGGGAUGUGGAGAUGAUAGAUCAAGAGACUGGUACAGCAUCUUAUGCAGCAAACACAGCAAUAAGUGAGGACCUCGGGCAAGUAGAGUACAUUUUAACCGACAAAACUGGGACACUGACAGACAACAAGAUGAUAUUUAGAAGAUGCUGUAUUGGUGGCAUUUUUUAUGGGAAUGAGAAUGGAGAUGCAUUAAAAGAUGAAAAACUUCUUAAUGUCAUCACCAGUGGCUCUACCGAUGUCAUCCGAUUUCUUACGGUUAUGGCAAUCUGCAAUACAGUUAUACCUGUGCGGAGCAAAGCUGGAGAUAUUGUAUACAAGGCACAAUCUCAGGAUGAAGACGCUCUUGUUAUUGCUGCUGCAAAGUUGCAUAUGGUCUUUGUCGGCAAAAAUGCCAAUCUUUUAGAAAUUAGGUUUAAUGGUUUGAUUAUCCGUUAUGAGGUACUGGAAAUUCUUGAAUUCACUUCAGAUCGAAAAAGAAUGUCAGUGGUAGUGAAAGAUUGUCAGAAUGGGAAAAUUAUUCUUUUGUCAAAAGGUGCUGAUGAAUCAAUCCUUCCCUACGCAUGCGCUGGUCAGCAAACCAGAACUAUUGCUGAAGCUGUAGAACAUUAUGCCCAGCUGGGACUCCGAACAUUGUGUUUGGCUUGGCGUGAACUGGAAGAAGAUGAGUAUCUAGAGUGGUCUGUAAAGUUUAAAGAGGCUAGUAGUGUUCUGGUCGAUAGGGAGUGGAGAAUUGCUGAGGUCUGUCAAAGACUAGAACAUGAUCUUUAUAUUCUGGGGGUCACGGCAAUAGAAGACCGUUUGCAGGAUGGUGUACCAGAGACAAUUGAGACGCUAAGAAAAGCAGGGAUAAACUUUUGGAUGCUGACUGGAGAUAAGCAGAACACAGCUAUACAGAUUGCUCUUUCAUGUAAUUUUAUCUCCCCGGAGCCUAAAGGUCAGCUUCUAUUGAUUGAUGGAAAAACUGAAGAGGAUGUUUCUCGGAGUUUGGAGAGGGUUUUGCUUACAAUGCGGAUUACAGCAUCAGAACCCAAGGAUGUGGCGUUUGUUAUUGAUGGCUGGGCUCUAGAAAUUGCUCUGAAACACCAUCGCAAGGAUUUUGUUGAACUAGCUAUACUUUCUAGGACAGCAAUAUGUUGUCGUGUGACACCUUCACAAAAAGCUCAGUUAGUUGAAAUCUUAAAAUCCUGCGAUUAUCGAACCCUGGCAAUUGGUGAUGGUGGGAAUGAUGUAAGAAUGAUACAGCAAGCUGAUAUCGGAGUUGGCAUCAGCGGAAGAGAAGGACUGCAGGCAGCAAGAGCUGCAGAUUAUAGCAUUGGAAGAUUCAGGUUUCUGAAAAGACUGAUUCUUGUUCAUGGGAGGUAUUCAUAUAACCGGACAGCAUUUCUGUCCCAGUAUUCCUUCUACAAGUCAUUGUUGAUAUGCUUCAUCCAGAUCUUCUUCUCGUUUAUUUCAGGCGUUUCUGGAACCAGUCUUUUCAAUUCAGUUAGCUUGAUGGCUUAUAACGUGUUCUACACCAGUAUACCUGUUCUUGUUAGCGUAGUCGACAAAGAUCUUAGUGAAGCAUCAGUAAUGCAACACCCUCAAAUUUUGUUCUACUGCCAAGCUGGAAGGCUUCUUAAUCCGAGCACAUUUGCGGGUUGGUUUGGCCGGUCUCUUUUUCACGCGAUAGUUGUAUUUGUAAUAACCAUCCACGCAUAUGCUUAUGAGAAAAGUGAAAUGGAGGAGCUUGGAAUGGUAGCUCUCUCUGGAUGUAUAUGGCUUCAAGCUUUCGUUGUAGCUCAAGAAACCAAUUCCUUCACAGUGUUGCAACACCUUUCCAUUUGGGGAAACCUAGUCGGUUUCUACGCCAUAAACUUUCUCUUCAGCGCCAUACCGUCAUCGGGAAUGUACACGAUCAUGUUCCGUCUCUGUUCUCAACCUUCUUACUGGAUAACAAUGUUUCUCAUAGUUGGAGCAGGGAUGGGUCCUAUCUUCGCAUUGAAGUACUUCCGUUACACAUACAGACCAAGCAAGAUCAAUAUACUCCAACAAGCUGAACGUAUGGGCGGUCCAAUACUGACUCUAGGAAACAUCGAAACCCAACCAAGGCCCAUCGAGAAAGAAGUAUCUCCAUUAUCCAUCACUCAGCCCACCAAGAACCGUAGCCCUGUCUACGAGCCUCUCUUAUCAGAUUCUCCAAACGCAACACGUCGCUCUUUUGGCCCUGGAACUCCAUUCGAGUUUUUCCAGUCUCAGUCAAGAUUAUCUUCUUCUUCUUCUGGUUAUACCAGAAACUGCAAAGACAACUAAAAAAAAAAAUACAUUUCUUUCAUCUUUUUUUUUUCAAAAAAAUCACAGUUCCUUGACGUUUGUAACUUCUCUUAACUGAAAGAAAGAAAUGGACAAAAAGUAGAACAUUUGUAUAUAAGACUACUUUACUGGAUUCAUCAUAUACAUUCUCUUGUCUGCAAAAUAGAUUUUAUUUCAUUAUUAAAGAUCUCUCUGUGAGGGAAAAACCAAAUAGAGUUCCACUACAACAGUAUUUGAAGAGAGAAACAAAUGGUGAUAUUGAAGGGUAAUGUUACAAUCUCGAUCUACGUAUAAACCUUUUCGCCGAUCUCAGCUUAGACCGACCGGUUUCCGACAACUUUACAUCCCAAUCUUCGACAUUCUUGGGGAUAUAAACAUCAAACAAGAUUUGGCCAAGAACUCCGUUAGGCUUGCGAGCUUCGUCGUCGUCUUGAGUACUGGACAAACGAAUCAAAUCUUGUUUGUGUUCAUCUACCACAGACCCGCCGUUGCCUACGUAGUAACCUACGGUGGUAGGUACGAAGAAAUGAUCGGUUGUGACAAGUGGAGUUCCGUCGAAGCUCCGGUUAAGACCAGAGGUUGAGUUUCCCAAGCUGUGAACCGGUUCUGAUAUCUCAUCAUCAUCACACUGAGUUUCUUUCAUAGCUUCUUCUCUGUUCUUCUGCAAAUAAACAGAAGCUGCUUUCGACAAGAACUCGGAUACAGCAGCUUUAUAGUCGACUUGAUUAUACCGAUAAUGACCUUAAAAAAAACAAACACAUAAACAUUCCAAUCAUAAAGAGUUUUACAUUUCCUCCUAGCUCUUGAAGACGCGUGGCGAAAUUGUGUAUAGUUUUAUAAGGAGCAAGAUCAUCGUUUUCAGAGCAUAGAAUGAGAUAAGGAACUCUCAUUGUUAUAGUGGAGUAAAGAGUCUGCCAAUACUCAGCUCGCUGCGAUUCAAACCUGUUGAGGAAAACAUAGUCGAGACUCGAAGCGAUACCAUUGGCUGCCCAUACAAAUGGUUUUGGUGGAUUCGACAUUCUCAGUGUAGUUGGAUGAACCGCUAAUUUAGCUCCCAAGUCGCUGGUGAAAUCCACUGGAGAUGAGUCGUAGAUAAACCCUGAGAUGCAGUUUCUAACCAAACUACAAUCUUCCUGAUUUAGCCCUGUUUCACAUAUUCCUUCAAGUAUCUGCAUAACCUUAUACAUACAUGCAUUAGGACCACCUGAGAAAGAAGCAAACACUAGUGGAAGUGGCUUUGCUUUGAGCUCCUUCACAAGUUCAGACACAACAUUAGAAGCUAACUCCGAAGCUUUGUCUGAGAACAAACAUGUUGAGAAAUUGAGAAUGGCAAACGAGUGAAUCCCAGAGAAGUGAAGAAUAGAGAUCGACAUGGUUCUUGAGAUUGCGUUCUUCGCUCGACAUCCAAGCGAAAACCACAACGAUCGCUUCGCUUCCUCCUCCUUCUCCGUUGUUGUUGUUCCUCUUUCGCCAAUAGUACUUUCCUCCAUAUCCCCACAUCUUCUCUCCUCCUCUGUCUCUCGGAAUUAGGGUUUUUUAUUUUAUUUUCUGGCGAAGAUGUAGGAUUUCAAUUAAGAUUAAACAUGAUGAAAGGAGAGGGCACAAGCUUCGAGCAGAGAGAGACGUAGAGGAAGAAGAUAGAACAGAUCACAUUCGUUAUCGCUUGGCUUCGAGAAAAUAAUAUUAUUUACAUCAAUAUUUUUA